CUAUGGCUACAUCAUCCCCUGUAGAACUAGUUUAGCAGUGCGUCAUUCACUGAAGAACAUGGCGAACGUUGUGAAGAAGUGUGUCUCUCCUUUAGUUCUGCUCAAUAGGAGGCUUUCUACUCCAGAUCUACGAGUACAGUCUGCUUACCACAAGAAGGUGGUGGACCACUAUGAGAACCCUCGUAAUGUGGGGUCGCUGGACAAGAAUAACAAGAAUGUGGGCACAGGACUGGUCGGUGCACCAGCCUGCGGUGAUGUGAUGAAGCUUCAGAUUGAAGUGGAUGAUAAGGGGAAGAUUAUUGAUGCUCGCUUCAAGACCUUUGGGUGUGGAUCAGCUAUUGCCUCCAGUUCCCUAGCAACGGAGUGGGUGAAGGGCAAAUCUGUUGAUGAAGCUCUGAAGAUCAAGAACACUGACAUUGCCAAAGAGCUUAGUCUUCCCCCAGUGAAACUUCACUGCUCCAUGCUGGCAGAGGAUGCCAUCAAAGCCGCUCUUGCGGACUACCGGCUCAAGCAGAGCGACGAGGAGAAGGCUGCCAGUGCCAGCAACUAAGUGGAGCAGCGGUUGUAUUAGGGGUUAUGGUCUUUCGCCCACCCUCUCUCUGUGUCUCACCCUGCAGCACCAACUUACUACGUCUGUAGCGCAGUCUUCUUACCCAGGCAGAGACCACAUACAGUGCAUACCAGUACUCUUCAGCCCUUUGUCACCGUAGCCUGUCUAUUAAACGCACAAAUGAAAGCAAUUCACCGUCAGGUUGCGAUGGGUACAAAAACAAGUUGAGCCUUAUUUUCUUGCAGAGGAGAUCGUAAAGAGGGUAUCAGUUCAGUGCCGAGUUUUGUGUGGGAGGUCUGUGUCUUGAUUAUGUUGUGGGUGUGUGUGGAGUGUGGUUUCAGCCAUUAAGUGGCGCUGUGUGGUACUCCUGGCAGAUGGCUCAAGGAGUCUAAAUGAGCGGGAAUUGGAACUGAGCUCUCAGUAUUAAGUGCUGGAGGAUAUUGAGGUGGAUUACAUUGUAUAUUGUGAACUUAGUAUAUUUGCUCCCUGAUUGUGACAGCCUGAUAUUAUGGACAAUAAAGUAAAAUGUGUAUAUCA